AUGGGCUUGCGGGACGCUUCUCAUCUCGCCCCUUCCACCCCAAAGUCUCCUUCUUCGGUACCAGCACGCUCUUUCUUCCCUCAGCUGAGCGGCUUCCCGAAGCGCGAGAACAGUCUCUCUCCAGCAGCAGAGCCGUCAGGAAGCCUUCUCAUUGGCUCGGGAAGAAAAAGUCGAGCAACCGUCGCGGCCAGCAGCCGAUUAUUCCCUUGCAUAAAAACAAAUAAAGCUUUGUUCAAUUGGCUGCGUGCGGUACACCAAGCCCUCUCUUGCAAGAGCUCUCACCUAUUGCAACGAAACUAUGCUGCUGCCCGACUGAGGCAAAGGAGGCAUUUCGCUCCGUGUCCUGAGGAAUACCAGCACUACUGUGUGAAGGGUAGAUGCCGUUAUGUUGCAGCCAGAGAAACACCUGCAUGCAUCUGUGAGAGAGGUUUCACUGGUGCAAGAUGUGAGCGGCUGGAUCUAUUUUAUCUGAGAGGCGACCAAGGCCAAAUUGUGGUCAUCGCUUUGAUAGUGGUGUUGGUGAUGCUCAUCAUCCUGGUCGUGGGCUUGUGCACUUGUGCUCAUUACUGUCGAAAGAGGCGUCUGCAAGAACAGGACGAGGAUGAAAUGGGAGUAUUUAUUAAGGAACUACCUAUUAAAACAGAAGAUGUUCUGGAAACAGACAUUUCAUAAAGGUCGAAAGAGAAGUGGCCAUCACAAGCACAUUGGUUUUGUGAAUGGACUCCAUAGACUCUGUGCCCUGGAGGCAGUUCCCCCACCUUUUCUCCAUUUUCUGUUUCUCCUCUUUGCACCAGUAAAAGAUACUAGCAGACUGA